AUGACUACGGAGCGCCUGUCUUUAAACUGCGUGUCGCCAGUAAGAUCAGCAGCGGAGACGAGCGCCAAAGCUUUUCGUCUUGCGCUGGCAGCUCAGAGAAAUGCCAGCGCUUUCUUUGAAAAAUACGACCGAAGGGAAGUCCAGGAAUUGCUCACUUUGACUACUUGUAAUUGGUUAUUAUGUCCAGAAGACUUUAUUCUACCCGUGGAUGUCCCACCUGGCAUCAUCAGACAAAUGAAUAAUUUCUCGCCCACCAACGCCAUUAUUCUUGCACUUGAGUCAAAUGUGCCCCUUGACUACAAGGUGGUUCACCAAAUUGUAAGGGAACUAACGGUUGGCAUAUAUUGUUUCAAUCAAGUGCCGUUAAUCAGCCUGGAACCCAACUAUGACCAAAGCACAUCCUGCAAGCUGUCACCUGCAUAUUAUGAUACCAAAAUAGGUCAGAUUUUGAUAAACAUAGAUUAUACAAUGAAGGCUCUCUGGCACGGGGCAUAUAUUCCAAAGGAAAAACGCAUUCGCUUUUCUGAAUUAUGGAGAUCCAGCUUGGGUGUCGAUUCUAACGGAAUUCCUCAGACAAAGAAGGAUAUUUUUGCUGAAUUUCUUACAGCAGGCUUAGUAGACACCUCAGAUGACCCUCGUUACCAGGGCAUCUAUGACAAUGACAAUGAUGACAAGGACCCAACCUACGAACCCAACAGUGUCGAGGAACAGAAGCUCUUUUCUCAGCAUGUCGACAGCAUCCUGCUAAAGAUCACCUCCCGCCUGACCUCGGUGCAUCAGCACGAGAACUUGUUCACCUUCGAGGGUGCCCACAGUGUGUCCUCUGUGGUUCGGCAGACAGAGGAGGAACUGGACCUGGCCACGUACCAGCAACUGCAGCAGAGGCUGGCCCGCCACACCAGGCUGGUGAAGACACACCUGGGCCAGAAGGCGGAGCUCAGCCGGGACUUGACCUACCUGAAGCUCAUCGGCUUCCUCGUGCCCUUUCUUAUAAGCCUAAGGAGGAAGAUGAAGAUUCCUGACCUGUCACAAAUGCUUCCACCUUUCUCAGAGGACAAACUGAAGACAGAACGGGAGAUGCCUCCUCUCCUCCUCGGGCCUGCAUUUUCCUGUAAACACUUUUUGUAUAAACCGGAUCAGUAUUUCCACCUGCAUGGCGGCAUAGAGUUUGAUGUGGGCACUCCUGAGUUGGACGAUAUCACUGAGGAGAUGAAGGAAGCCUUUAUAACACUACAGACUCGAGCGUCGGGCUAUCUGAAUGACUUACUUCAGCAAGACAACACUUACAAGAAGGACUUUCAUAUACCCUUAAGUGAGAUUGACGGGAAAAGCUACUACGUGAUCUCCAUUGAGUUGGCAGCUUUGUAUCCCCAGCAGAACAUGGUUCAGUGGUGGGAAGCCAUGAACACUGCCAUCAAAACUCAGCGGUCACAAAGGCUGCCCCUAACUGACAUUGAGCUCCAUGAACAGUUUAAGAAAACCUUUGGGUAUGGAAAAGCCAUCAAAUGCAAGAAUGUACCAUAUGGACUCCGGGCAGCAGCCGAGCGGGGCCUGUCGUCCGUGUUUCACACAAUCUGCCGCAAGAACUCUCCAUCGCACCUGGCAGAGCUAGAUGAGCACGGUUACUCUCUGCUCCACCACGCUGCCAUGUGCAACCAUGCCAACAUCAUCUGCCAGCUGGCAGCGGCAGGCAUUGACCUGAACCAGGCACGCAGUGUAAGGUUCGACCGCUCCGGGAGAUGUGCAGGUGGUGAGCAUUUGGAAGAGGCAGCUGGUCCCACUCCGUUGCACCUGGCUGCCCAGUGUGGAUCUCUGGAAGCCGUGAACUGCUUGCUUGCUCUGCAGGCAGACUACAGACGGGCGGACAGGAGAGGCUGGAUGGCGGUGCAUUUUGCGGCCUUUUACGGCCAGGUCUCAUGUGUCCAAGCACUGUGCAGGAGAGACCCGACCUUGCUGGACGCACACACACAUACUGAGUAUCACACCUCACCCCUCUUACUGUCGGCGAUGUCGGGCUCUGUGGACACACUGGACUUCCUGCUGUCUAGCGGGGCAAACUGGAGAGAGAAGGACAGUAAGGGUAAUGAUGCAGUGCAGCUUGCCAUCCUCUACUUCCACAUCGACGUGCUACGAUGCUUCGUUCGCCUGAAUCUUGAAGACCUCCCAGUGUGGAAGAUCCUUGUUGAGAUGCUCCAGAGCACAAAGCCCAGGAGCCUGCAGAUGGCUGCCAGGUGCCUCGAGGCUCUCUCCAUCAACGCAGACUCCUUCUGGAAGGACAUCAUGGAAGCAGGUGGUAUCGCCGCCCUGGUGGAGCUCCUGCGCAGUGACAGGCCGCUGCUGCAGCGCAUGGCUACAGCAGUGCUUUGUCACAUGACGGAGCAUGCACCGGCUGCAGAGGAGCUGGUGCGCCUCAGAGCUGUACCCGUGCUAAUCAACCUCCUGGGCAGCCAGCAGGCUGAGCUCCAGUCACGCUGCACUCUUAUACUGGCAGACCUGGCCAGCCACAGCAACCAGUACCAGACCCACAUCGGUGAAUUGGGUGGGGUGGCCCCAGUCAUUCACCUCCUGAACUCUGACCUCCAGGAUGUGCUGGUGAACACUCUGAGGUGUGUGCACGCUUUAUGCACCGCCUGCACCAGUAACCAGUCCUCAGCAGCACUGUCUGGAGGGAUUCCUCAGCUGGUGGAACUGCUGAGUGUGAGCUCAGAAACACUGCAGGAAGAGGCCUGCCUAGCCUUGGCUGAGCUGGCCCGUGGCCACAGAGAGAACCAGGAGCUGAUCUGCGAGGCUGGGGUUGUGAGCCCUCUGGUGCAGGUGUUAAAGAGCAGAAAGAUGUCUGCCCAGGUCAAAGCAGCAAAUGCCUUGGAGGCCAUAGUGCACCAGAACCCUGCCAUACAGGAAUGCUUUCUGGAGAAGUCUGCUGCCCGCCAUCUUCUACGGCUCUUAAAGGUGUUCCAGCAGGAAGUGAGGGAACCGGGAGCCACAGCACUCUGGGCUCUGGCUGGGUCCACGCUGAAACAACAGAAGAAGAUGGCCAAGCUCAUCGGCUACCACUUCAUCCUGGACAUGCUCCUGUCCACCUCGGACAAAAUGCAAUAUGUAGGAUGCCAGGCAGUGAUAGCCCUCAGCCACUACAGCCAUAGACACCAGAGUAAUCUGUGUCGAGAAAACGGGGUACCGCCACUGGUACGAUUACUUCGGGGAGCUCGUACUACAGAGAGGACACUCCUUAGUGUUAUCCGUGCCCUUGGUACACUGUGCAUUGGGGUGGCUCACACUAAUAAUACAAACAGUCAGAUGGUGAUUUAUGAGGAAAAAGCCAUUCCAACAUUAUUAGAGCUUCUCCAAAGCCACAAAUCUGCACAGGUUAAGGUCCAGGUCUCCCACACACUUGCUUGUAUCCUGAUGGGCAAUCAGGAGCUCCAGAGGGCCUUCCAGGAACAUGAAAACUUUUCCUACGACAGCAUUGUAAAGCUUCUACAAGACCAAGACCAAAACAUCCGUCUGGAGGCAGGUCAUGCAUUGGCUCUGUUUGCAUACAAUAAUGCCACCCAGCAGACAGCACUUAAGCAAAGAGGAGGACUUCCGUUCCAAGGCUUUCAGCCCUUUCUGAACUCGGCCAAUGAGAUGGAGCAGGCCAAGGUUUCGUUUCAGAUAGUGGUGCUAGCUAAAGUGAUCACUGACUCUGACCAAGUGACACUUACUGCAAGUGGAAUCACUACUCUGGUAAAGCUUCUGGAGUCUGAAAAACCAGACAUUGUUGUCUUAACAGCCCAGCUACUGGCAAGCUUGUCUCAUACCAGAGCGGGGGUUCCGCAUGCCAUCGUGACCAUGGGGGCUAUAGAGCAUCUCUGUGCCCACCUCUGCUCUGAGGAUGAAGAGGUGCGAAGUGCUUGCGCCAGUGCACUUGGUUAUCUUACCUACAACCGACAUGCACAUCGCCUCCUGCUGGUGGAAUGCAGGAACAAUCCUGUUACUUAUAAACUGCUCAUGGACCAUCUAGCUGAGGAUGCCAAGAUAUGUCGCAGAUUCGUGUCCGAGUUCAAAAGACAAAGGAGCAUGGGGUUACCAUCACUUAGCUUGGAGGUAAACGGGGGUCCACCUGUCCAACAACGUUUUAGUAAAGGGGUGCCAAAGAGUAGGAGCACAGCACACAGCCUCCACGCAUUCAGAAAUGGCCUUGACAGAACCAGAUCGACCCCAGUGCUACAUCGUCUUAGCCAGAGGAGCAGAACUGCUGAUCCCAGAGUGCGAUUUGUUGAGGGAUCUUCCGGCAGUUCCCAGCAAACCCUGGGCCAGGAUAAUGCUAUCUGACUUUAAUGAU